CGAGGAGUUUAGCCGCCUUUGCCGAGAUACAAACGCCGUCCAUCGAAAUCUAACCCCCUCCCCUCGGCGAGGCCGCACUUUUACGCCAAGCUCGCGUUGUCGAUCACCCGAUGCCACUUCGAGCGGAUCGAUGAAAUUUGGGCUCUGACGGGAGAGGAGUAGGAUUCCUUCGCUAUGGAGAGAACAAACGGACAGACGGCUGUUUCCACCGAGAGCCUCAACAAAAAUCCAGAGGACAUGCGGAUCGGGGGCCUCGAGGGAGGCGCGACACACUCGACAUUGUUCGUCGUGGAUGGAAGGGGCAAAAAAUUGGCCGAAGUCAGGGGCCCUCACACGAAUCACUGGGCGCUGGGCAUGGAGGAAACGGCAGCCAGGAUCAACGACAUGAUAGUCAGGUCCAAGGCGGACAUCGGCAUGCCCCAAGCGGUUCCGUACGACAUUGUAGGCUUGAACUUGAGCGGCUGCGAGGAGGAGAAGAGCAACAAACUGCUGGCCACGACCCUCCAUCAGCUCUACCCGACGGCUUCGCGCGACUACACCAUCGGCUCGGACACCCUCGGAAGUCUCAGGACGGGCCUUCCCAAUGGCGGUGUCGUCCUCAUCUCCGGCACUGGGAGCAACGCGCUUCUCAUCAACCCCGACGGCAAGACCUACGGCUGCGGCGGAUGGGGGCACAUGAUGGGCGACGAGGGCAGCGCUUACUGGCUGUCGCACCGGGCGUGCAAGUACGUGUUCGACGAUCUCGACGGUCUACUGCAAGCACCAGCGCCCAUCACGUACGUUUGGCCGGCUAUGCAGGAGUACUUCAAGGUGACGGACCAACAGAGCAUGCUGCCCCACUUGUACGCCAAUUUCAACAAGUGCAAGUUCGCCAUGUUCACCAAGGAGCUGGCCCUCGGCUGCGAGAGGGCCGACCCCCUCUGUCUCAAGCUCUUCCACGAGGCCGGGGUCAUGCUCGCCAAACACGUGACCGCGGUCUCGGCCAAGGCCCACAACGACCUGAAGCUGGAAAAGGGUGGACUGAAGGUGAUAUGCGUGGGCUCGGUGUGGAAGUCGUGGGUGUACCUGCAGGAGGGCUUCAUCGAGGAGAUCCACAAGAGGAGCCUCGUCGACGAGCUGACGUUGCUGAAGUUGACGACCUCGGCGGCGCUGGGUGCGUGCUACAUAGCCGCGGACAAGCUCAACUGCGUGACCAUGAUAAAGAGCUUUGACCAAAACACCGAGGAGUUUUAUCGUUACAAGCGUGAAAAUCUUCCACCGACGAAAACGGCCUCAUCCUGUGUUGCUUCCCGUUUAGUGCCCAAUGGCGUCGAGCAGAUCGAGAUCAGAUAAUUGCCGCCGAUCUGGUGCGACUCUUGCUCGAAAAAACAACCUGUGACGUUCAUCGCGCGUGUUACAAUGGCUUUUUACGUUAGAUAUAUGUAACGCACGACACGUACAAAUUGUUGUAACAGUCGGCUCGCCUGAAAUUUUAAUUUUUUUUUUGUUUUUUUUUUUUUUUUUUUUUUUUUCUUUUGUCCACACCGGCUGAAAUUCCACACCUCGAGUCGCGUCACUGCGCGCGCGCUACAUAGUGUAUAUUACGCGCUCGAUGCGAUUAUUCUUCAUUUGCCAUUACAAGACAACAAUUACACCACUGCGUAGUUAUUACAUUUUAGUCGUAUCUUCAAAAUUGUUUAGUUAGCGGAUACAGGUAUACAUAUAAUGUAAAAAUGUACUUGCGUAGGUACUUUGCAUAUGAUUUCGAGGGUAUCGUGUAUUAUACAAUUGUCUGUUAAACACGAGAAUUGUAUCAUUGAUGAGGUAUCUUAGAAAUUCCAGUUUUAAUAAAAUUAUUUUUAGUUUUUACAAUCGCUGCAUUCGUUUGCUUUUAUCUAAUCGUCGAUUGUUUGUUAUUUAUCUUUUUACACAACCCCUUACUUGGUAGAACGUGAAAUUUUCUUCUGCAAAAUAAUGGAUGGUAAAGAACGUGACACGCGAUCUUGACCAUACCCUUCCUGUUAGUGCCGUAUGUCGGUGUGUAUAGUUUACCACUUUUUUACAUGGCUCCUCGAAUUUCAGCGUCAGUUAUUUUAUUUCAAUUAACUAUAAUUCAAAUAGAGAAAUGAUUCUGCAAAAUUUUGAUAUUAUUUUAGAUUAAGUUGUAGAAAAAAAAAAAAAAAAGAAAAUAUGUUUAUACAUGUAAAUACAUCCAUGAAAUGUAAUUUUGUAUGUAGAUUAUAUUUACGCUUACGUUAAUGUAUAGACGAAAAAAAAAAAAAAAAAAAAAAACAAUCCAACAAAACAAAUGCACGACUCCAAUUAAUUUUUAUAUUUAGCUCUAAGGCCUCGAAGCCUCUAACCAAGAUCAGUUUAGGUUUUAAAAAUGUCAAAAUUAACAAGUAAUAACCUUCAAAACAUCAAAAUUUAAAAGAAAUGUUAGGACUCUUUGAAAUACUCAAAACCGCGACUGACUGGACAAUAUCCAUCAUUUGCGUGGUUUUAAAAGGAUUUCUUUACUUUAUAAUUUUUUUGUUCUCUUUGUUAUUUCUCCUCGUAUCACUAUCUGUAACAAUAAUAUUGGUUAUAAUAAU